AUGGCGACAGCGACUAACAGCAUGUACACGUUUGAAAAUGAGAGCAAAGGGGACCCAGAGGUAUUCGUGAGGAAUAUAAGAGGGUUGGCUCUCAUCAACGGAUGGGAUGAGACAAAGAUGAUGUAUGUCUUUUGGAUGGCCCUGAGGGGAGAGGCAGAAAAUUGGGUCAACUCGCGGGGGGAAUUGGGAUCAUUAGAAGAACUUAUUAGGGAGUUCUUGGACAGGUUUGUGGGAAAGACAUUGGUCCUUCUAAUAAUUAAAGAGCUGGCAAAAAUGAAAUAUGACCCUAGGGAGUCUAUUCUAGCUUUUUUAGACAAAAUGGCUGGAAUGUCGAGGCGAGUGAAUUUGUCUAAGGACGUACUAGUGGCUCUUUGUUUAAAUGCAUUACCAGAUGAGAUGGGAAAAAUGAUACUCUUGAAUGCACAAGGAACGUUGAUCUGGACUAAUAUUUAUCAGGCAUGUUCGAAUAUUAGAAACUGCAAGACACAGGGACAAACGGACGUCAUGACAGUUGGGGUGAAACCACAAUAUAAGAAAAAGGACUGGAGGAACGAGAUCUGUUAUACAUGCGGACAGAAGGGUCACAUAGCUAAGAACUGUGAACAAGGCUACCUUGCAAAGCAGAGGAGAAAGGCUUCCAUCAAUGAAAUAGCUAUAAAGGAAUCUAACGGAGAAGGUUCAAAUAAAGAGAGUUCAACGUAUUUAUUUGUUAAUUAUAUAAGUUCAUGUGUCGAAUUAGAAGUAAAAAUAAAUGGUAGGGAGGUGAGAGCAUUGGUUGAUUCUGGCUCCCAGGUGAACAUUAUUAACUCGCGUUUGGUUAAAGGUCUGGAGUGUGAACGAACGGAUAUAUCCCUGCGGACAGCGGAUGGGUCGGAUCUUGACACGCUGAGUUGUAUCACCGUUGAAAUAUGUAUGGAUGACAGGAGAAUUAAAGUUAAAUUCUAUGUGAGUAGGAAGGUGAACGUGGAUUGCAUUUUAGGGAUACCGUUUUUAAAAGAUAAUAAAAUAACGAUGGAGUUCGGAGAAAAGUGUGCGGUUAGCUUCCCAAAAGAAGAGCAGACGGGACUUGGGGUGCACAGGAUAAGGACCACUUUGGAGAUGCCCAUUUGUACUCCGCUUUAUAAACUAGGGCUUCAAGGAGAAGGGGCAGCUUCAGGAAUUGUGCAGGGAUAUUUAAAAGACGGCAUUAUUAGAUAUAGUAAUAGCCCGUGGAGAAGUCCAGUGGUUAUGGUCCCGAAAAAAGAUGGGAGUUUCAGACUCUGUGUAGACUACAGGAGACUAAAUGACAUAACAAUAAGAGAUGCGUAUCCCAUGCCUAGGACGGAUGAGUUCUUCGACGCACUCAAAGGAGCUAAAAUUUUCUCGAAGCUGGAUGCAAAGUCAGGAUAUCAUCAAAUUGACAUGCACCCAGAAGACAUAGAGAAAACCGCUUUCGGAUGCAAGGAGGGAUUAUUCGAGUUUGUCAAGAUGCCUUUUGGUUUGGUUAAUGGUCCUGCCACAUUCCAGAGAGUUUUACGGGAUUUCAUUAACAAGUUCGUAGUGGUAUACAUGGAUGAUAUCUUGAUUUUUAGCAAGACACAAGAGGAACAUGAGGUUCACGUAAGGACAGUCCUGAACCGUUUAAAGGAUAGAGGGAAGCACUUUGAAUCAAUAAAGAACAAACUAGCAGACAAUGUGCGGUUAACAAUUCCCAAUCCAAAGGAAAGGUUCAUAUUAACAACGGACGCAUCAAAUACUGGGGUUGGGGCAAUCUUAGCACAAGUACACGAAGGGAAAGAAAGAGUCAUAGCGUUCUAUUCGGCACUCCACAGUGGUGCAGAGUCGAGAUACUCCACCACGGAGCAAGAACUGCUAGCGGUAAUUAAGGCGAUACAACAUUUUGGAGGAUAUCUGCUGCUAGGAGAAUUCACGCUGCGGACAGAUCAUUCAGCACUGAAAUUCCUGUUUACAUCGAGGAACAUUAAAGCAAGGCUUGCAAGAGGGGCGACAAAUGGAAGUGAUCAUCUCAGUAGGGAAUUUAAUUGCAUUAAUAUAAAUGUUCGUAACCGGAAAAGCGUAACACCGGAAAAGGGGCAGAAUCUGAUCGUCUUUUAUCAUGAUCUGUUGGGUCACGGUUCAAUUCAGAACGUGAAGUAUCACGUAUUGAGUAAAUACGUCUGGGCAGGUGCCGGUAAAGACAUCGAGGAAUAUGUUAAGAAGUGCGUGAUUUGUCAGCGGGCCGAUGGCCCAAGAAGACAAUAUGAUUGCUCCCCACUGAUGGUCACUGAGAAGAACGACUUAUGGGAAGUCGACAUAGUAGGACCUUUUGAAGAAAAUGAAGAAGGGUAUAAGUACAUUUUGACGAUGGUAGAUCAUCGUACAAAGUGGGCAGAAGUAGUUCCAUUGCGCUAUAAAUCAAUGAGCGAGGUCAGAGACGGAAUAGAGAAACAGUUAAUCGGUAAACAUGGCAGACCAAGGGAGAUCUUGUCGGAUAACGGAAAGGAGUUCGAUAACAGAGAAGUCAAGGAAAUGUGUAAGGAAUAUGACAUCAGCUGGAAGCAUAGUUCACCCUAUAAUCCGACAACCACGGGCUUAGUUGAACGUUUCAAUAAAACGCUAGUUGGGAAAUUGCGGAAGAUAACUGAAUAUGGGAAGUUUGAUUGGGGAAGCAACGUAAUUAAAAUAAAAAUACUUACGGAUUACGGAGAUCAUGGAUGGACAGCAAGUCAAUAA